AAUGUGCGAACAAGCGAAUAUGACUGAUGAAAGCAAAGGUUUUGGUUGUUCUGAUAGUGACGGGUAUUCAGCUCUUCAAAAUUUUGGCACUGACUUGGACCAAGAAAAUUCUGUUGUUAGCAAAGACUUACUCCUGUCACUAGCAAUGGAUACAAACAUAAAUUCUCAGCUAUUUAGUACUAGUAAACGUUCUUCAUCGAGUAGCAGUAGUAAUCAACUUCAGCUAUUACAAGUUAAUCGAGAUAUUAUAGAAUUAGACACAAAACCUCCUUGGUUUCUCGACUCUAAUGAGGUAGUCGAUAGGCUACAAUCUGCAGCUUACAAUUCUCAGAUAGACUUUGACUUCAAUUCUACGUCGGCAGAGGAAGCAGCUCCUGACAAUAGUCAUGAUUGGUGUAUAAAUGGGACUCAUAGUAGCAUCUUGAGCCAAAGUGAUAUAUCACCAGUAUUUCCUCUAACUCCUACUGAUUCUAAUAAAGAAAUAACUGACGAUGAAAAUUCACAGAAAGUUAAGUUGUCUCCCGAUUCGGAAGUUAAAGCCGAAACCACUGAUGGAACUGUUCCUGUGUCAUUGGAUAUUGGAGAAGUUGUCCAAUCGAACGAUAAAACAAUCGCUGACAAAAUCAGAGAAUCUUGUCAAAGCAGAGCAUCCGUCGAUUCUAACAAGGAGGAAAGUACUGAGGAAAUUAGCGAGCCAAAACUGAAUUCUUCCGAUAUUAAAGAUACCACCCAGCAUAAUCCGGCUAAAUUUACUUUAGAUCAAGUAACACCUACGAUUGGAACAAAUAUCUUAAAGAAGUUGGACUACAUCAUUCAAGAGAAAAAUACUCUUUUUGAUAACUUCUUUCGAAUAAAGCGUAAUAAUCAGAAAAAAGUCUGUUCAAUUAAAAGAGAGCACGAGCAAAUUAGCAUCAAUGAAACUCCGAGGAAAGUAGGUGAACGCCGAAGGAAACCUUUAUAUAAUUAUAAAUUGAAAAAAACAGUUAAAAAUGCUGAGACUUGUGAAGUUAGUGAAAAGCCUAUAUUCAAAUGGCCCGAAUGCCCUACUGGAAGAAGAAAAAAGGUGAACGCUAAACCAAAACGAAUUAAAGAGAAAAGUAAACGCCUUUGGAAGAACGGAUUCAUGCUUUUCGCUAAAAAGUAUCGAAAAGCAUAUUCAAUUGCAAUGCGUUCUGGAGACGUGCCAAGAACAUCAAAUUUAAUGAAUGCUGUCUCUAGAUUAUGGAGUUCUUUAUCGUCAUCAGAAAAAGAGAAGUAUAGCCUUAAUUAUCUAUAUGAAGAGGAAGAAACUGAUAAACCCUGUGAAAAUUUAUCUCCCUUUGAACUUCCAACUGAGAGCUCUAAUGUAGUUGAUAUUGGGAAGGGUAAUGAAAUUGAUAAUCCUGCAUGCAAAGAGUAUUCUUGCAAACGAAGAAAAAUUUCAAGUACAAAAGCAAUAGAAGUAAAUUUUAAGAGAAGAAAAACAGAAACAGACAGCAGCAAUUAUGAGAAACUUAUGGGACAGGAAAUUAUAGAACAAACAACUCAUUUAGAUAAUCCCAACGAUAGUGAAGAUAUGCUGAAAAUUUUUGAUAAGACACCUGAAAAAUUUAUAUCGAAUCCAUACGAACAUUCGUCGAGAAUUAGUCCUGCUGUUUCUCGACGAAAGAGAGUACGGAAGAGUCUCAAUUUUGACCAUUUGCUUUACGAUCAAAGAUCCCCUCUCUGCUUUGAAAUUCCUGAUGUAAAUGUAUACACUUUACUUCAGGAUUACGAUCCCCCUGACGAUUAUACUGUUCCAGAUGUGUAUGAUAAUGAAUAUCUUGAUUACAAAUGGGAUUAUGAUGAAAUAGCCAACGUUAAAGAAGCAGAUAAUUCAGACUUUGAGUCUCCGAAAAUACCUUCAAAAUUAAGAACACUUAAGAUCAUUCAGGAGCCUGAAUUGUUAUCACAGCAAAAGUUACCAAUUUCUAUCAAUAUCACUGAACUAUUAGAAAGAAACGAACCAGUGAUUAAUGUAACAGAGCAGGCUUUUAAAAAACAAGGCUUUCCUAAUCAACCUGUGAGACUUGUUCAUACUCCGAAUGUUACUUUGCAUCAAGCGAAACCUUCGUCAAGUUUUGCAAAGAGUUCAAACUCUAGAAUCUCUGGAGUUAAACACGUUUUUACGUUUAAUAAUUUCGUUAAAACCGCCGAAGAAUCGAAAAAUCAAUCCAUUUCAACUGAAUCACAAUCUACAGACAUUAAAGAAAAUCAAGAAAACGCUAGUAAAGAUAUCCACACUGUCUUUCAGUUGUUUGAGAGUAGCAAAUCUGAUAAAUAUAUAGCUGCGAGACCAGCUGGAAAUAUUGUUUUAAGGUUAACUAAUGGAAAUGACGAAAGUACUGUCUACAAGAUUCCUGUUGUAACUUCGGAAGGUGCAUGUAAAAUUCUAUCACUGUUACCUAAGAACAAGAAAUAA